GUAUAACAUCAUUACAGAAAAAUUAGUCGUUGAUCAAGCUCCAAAUGAGAAACAUGGACUUCAGUGAUGUAUAUAACUCUGAUGUCAGAGUGAAGGAGGAACCAAAUGAUCUUUUUCCAAUUGAAAAUGAAAAUUAUAAGAUGAUUGACAAUGCACACGAUGUCAGCGUGAAGGAGGAGCCCAAUGAUGUUUCCCCAAUUGAAAUUGAUGAUUACCAGAUAAUUGGCAAUACACAUGAUGCUAACACUGAUGAAUCCUUGCGAUGUCUAGAAAAUUUUACUCGUGGCCCUGACGAUGUCGAAGUAGAAUUCGAAUGUAAGGACGAGAAGCUCGGCAUCAACUUAUUAGUAGUCAAGAAAAUCGAGGAUGAUUAUCCAGAUCAUUUGCAGCAUAUGAAAAAUAGUUGCGAUUAUCAGACUCAAAAGAAAAUUAAAGAAGAAAUUGUCGACGAAAUAAAAGAAGAAUUGAAUUUGGAUGGUGAACUCAGUGAUGCAUUUGAUGCAAAUGAAAAAACAUUUGCUCAAAAAAGUCUAUGUGAAACCCAUGAUAAAUUACGCAAUCGUGCCAAAUAUCCAUGUAAUAUAUGCGGUACAAAAUUUGCACGAAAAAAUUUUCUUAAGAUCCACAUCGAUUCAGUACAUAAUGGUGUUAAACAUGCGUGUGGUGUGUGUGGAAAAACAUUCACCCAAAAAGGACAUCUCAAAAUUCACAUCGAUGCAAUGCAUAAAGGUAUGGCACCUACUUGCGAAGUGUGCGGAAAGAAAUUCGUAUUGAAGCGUGGUCUCAAACUCCACAUGGAUGCAGUGCAUAAUAAGAUAACUCACGCAUGUGAUACAUGUGGCAAAAUAUUUUCGAUGAAAGAUACUCUCAAGAAACACAUCAAUGCGACGCAUAAAGGUAUGGCACCUACUUGCGAAGUGUGCGGAAAGAAAUUCGCAUUCAAGAGUGGUCUCAAACUCCACAUGGAUACAGUGCAUAAUAAGAUAACUCACGCAUGUGAUACAUGUGGCAAAAUAUUUAUGCUGAAAGAUACUCUGAAGAUUCACAUCGAUUCAGUUCAUAAUGAUAUUACCCAUGAAUGUAAAGUGUGUGGCAAGAAAUUCGCGGUUAAGAGUGGUCUCAAAGUCCACAUAUAUGCAGUGCAUAAUAAGAUAACUCACGCAUGUAAUACAUGUGGCAAAAUAUUUACGCUGAAAGGUACUCUCAAGGUUCACAUCGAUUCAGUUCAUAAUGAUAUUACCCAUGAAUGUAAAGUGUGUGGCAAGAAAUUCGCUUUCAAGAGUGGUCUCAAAUUCCACAUGGAUGCAGUGCAUAAUAAGAUAACUUACGCAUGUAAUACGUGCCGCAAGACAUUUACUCGAAAGGAUCGUCUUAAAACUCACAUUAAAACGCAGCAUGAAGACAUUGCAUGCGUUAUCUGCGGAGAAAAAUUUAAACAUAGGAAAGAUCUAUACAGACACAUCAAAAGCUUGCAUGAGGGCAAUACCCAAGCACGAGAUCAAUGCAAAAGAUCUUAAAACGUCUGUCAAUACUACGCAAGAUGAUAAAACAUCGAGACAAAUGAGUGGUUAUAAAACUGUCAUCAAGAUAGGGCAUCACUCACGCAUUACCACCCAAUAAAUGUAUAAAAUUUACAUAGAAAUUUUGUGAAAAAAAUUACUAUUAUAUUUUGGAUUACUCCUACGUUUUCCAUCUGACUGC